AUGUUGGCCAACGAAGGCCUUCGACCCAGCACGCACCUGCACCUGCACACGAGUGCGUCAUCAUCUUCUUCCGCUACACUCCCCUCGCCUGCCGCGGCUGCGCGAAAAGGGUCGUCGUCGCUGUUCGGCUCUACCCUCGGGUCGUACCUGUGGGAGGAGAUCGACGCCGACUACGGACCCGCCGACCCCGAGCAGCGCAAGAAGCAAAACGAAAUCUACAACUUCUUCCUCGUUCCCAUCGAGCUCGAAAAGUUUCUGCUGUUCGGGUUCUUCGUGUGCAUGGACUGCUUCGUGUUCACGUUCACGUUCUUCCCGGGCCGCGUCGUGCUGGGCCUCCUCCGCUACCUCCUCAGCUUCUUCCGACCCUUGAAUGUGGUGCAGCUGGGCGGGGCGCGGUACGACGUGAUGCGGGGCGCGAUAUUCGUGGUGUGCUGCGGGGUGCUGAGCCACGUGGACGUCUCCCUCGUGUACCACUACAUCCGGGGCCAAUCCAUCAUCAAGCUCUACGUCAUCUACAACGUGCUCGAGAUCUUCGACAAGCUGUGCACGGUGUUCGGGCAGGACAUAUGGGACGCGCUGUUCCUGCGGGCGGUGGCCGACUCACGUCUGCCGCGCAACGCCCUUCGCCUGGGCCUCCACUUCAUCGCCGCCCUCGUCUAUUAUUAG